AUGGGAAACGGUCAAUCAGUACAGCACCCAAAGCGGGGAAAGAAGUUAUCAAAACCGAAAACGAAGCCUACAGGGCCCCCCUUAACGACCUCCAAUAGUCCUAAUCCAAGUCGUCGAAACUCCGUUACGGGAAAAGGAAUUAUAGCUGCAGGUGCUUCAGUUCUUCCUCAUGGGAAGCUGCUUAGUGUUCUUGAGACGGGGUCUCUUGAACAUACACCAGAGCCAACACCUACGAAGAAAAAGAGAAUGAGCAUAUUCAGGUCAAGGAGUUCAAAGAAGGACAUGGAGAGCCCUCAACUGGAUAUGAAUGUCAAUACUGUACAGAGUGCUUCUCCGUCAAUAAUUACUGGCAGAUUUACAAGAAGUGAUUCUGUAAACUCUGUUACCGUCGAGGCAACAGAGGAAAAGUCUUGGGCUGCUCCAAACCCUAGACCAUCCUUCCAUCGUUCACGAAAAUCACUUCCACAUGUGCCAUCUGCAUCAAAUAAUAGUAAUCGACUUUCUUUCGUACCCGAAGCGCUUUCUCCGAAACCAGAUUCUAUAAAUAUUGCAACGGGUUUGGCUGGACAACAUUCUGGAGAAAUGGAUUGGCAGUUGUCAGACCCUUUUUGUCAGAGAACUCAAUCAAACCCAGCGAUAUAUGCGCCAAUUCGUCGAAAAUCACUUGCUCAGCAUGGCGUAGCGACAAGACCUAGUAUUACUUUAAAUCCGCAAUCUUUCCAAAAUCAAAUACCCGUUUCAUAUCACAACUUUGAAAGAUGGUCGGCGUCACCUCUGACAUUGAGGACAAAUGUGGAUAAUGAAAACCCAGGGGCUCGUACUUCGACUCCUAAUGAUCUUGGCCACAUUGGUUCAUUUCAACUUGGUUCAUUGAGAAUCACAAAUGGCUCAGCAAGUCCUGCACCUAGCGCCGAAGAAAGGAGAGCCAGUCUCCCAUAUAGUGGUUCGCAUAUUGCCACUCUACAGUCGAGCUCCAAAAUUCAGGGUAUCACCCACCGAAGUCAUACCAUUUCUGUUCCCGCAGAAGCUAUGAAACGUCCUUGGGCACCAACCCUUUUCCCACAAUAUUCUACUGAAAACAAUUCUCAUGAUUCUCUGACCAUCAGAAUCCCAGAUACUACAUCUCCUCUCAACUCUUCCUUAUCCCCUACAAAUGCUCAGUCUUUAGCUCUUCCCCCCCAAUCGAGUCCGUUUUCUUUUGUUGCAAGUCCCGUUGGAUCUCCAAUUUUAGAGGCUAUCAGCGAUGACACUGCUGUAGAUGAUGAAUUGUUUGAGGCUGAACUGUCUACACCUGCACUUGAACCUUCUUCUGGCAAUGAUACUCAUUCAUUUGACUCCGGUUACGGGCCUUCGCCUGCUACACCAGAACAGCAAGUCUUGGCUCGAAUUCAAGGUCCACGAGAUAUGGGUUCGUCAUUACUGGCAAAGACAGACAGUGGAUAUAAUUCGUCUACAUCUAGAAGGAACUCAACCGCACCAGUUUUGUCAACAAAAAUAUCCCUUAGAACAACAGAAGCACCAGCCGUUCCAGCCAAAGAACCUCUAUCUCGCAGUCCAUCGCAGACAUACUCUGAUGUUCCGAGCGAGGAUCAAUUCUUCAACUAUUCAAAUGGCCCUGUUGCUCAUGCAAUUCCUAUGGUUAGUCCAGAGUCUCAAAGAAUGACAAGAUUGAGCAAAGUCUCUUUGCCAACCCUAAAUUAUCAGUCUCAGAUUCAACAGCCAAUACCCAUGCACCAUCGACAGAGCAUGCCAGCAGUUCCGCGUCAACCCCAGAGCUUCAUCGUAGGUGAAUCUGCAAAACCGCAAUUGGAAAUGCAGAGACAACGCCCACAAUCUUAUUAUCCAGGCGCUCUAGGAUUUGCAGCGCAGUCCCGAUCACACAGCGAGAAGCAUCUGCCUACCGUAGCUUCAUAUCAACAUAGCGAAAGAGUGGAUGAAGUCAUAGGAUAUACAGCAAUGCGAAGGGUCAGCUCGAAAGAAACAAUUACCACAAUCAUGUCACUUGAGCCUGCUGAGGUAGAGUCCACAUACAAUAGGCUACACAAUGCAAUUCCUCCUAUUUCAACAUCCAUCCCAGAGGAGGAUUACCAUACUGGGUGGAAACCGCCAAACAUACGAAGACAUUCUUGUGCUCCAUCCGCUCCAUCCGAUCCAUCCACGCCAAGAAAUCGAUAUACGCUACAACCAUACCACACUCCUACUUCUCUGAAUACGUAUCCACAGGAAGACCAAACUGACUUCGAGAACCACCUAACCUCUUUCGACACGAUUAAGAACAGUUUAGGAGGAUCCCCCUAUGAUUUGGCACUUGCAGCGAUGGAAAAGACACCCACGAGAGCUACACAAAAAGCUACACCUGCACCGAGAACGAAAAGUAUGACUCCGCAACUUCAAUCUACGCACGCAAAUCUGAUUCGAUCUCAAUCCGAAGAGCCACCCUUAGCAAGACCCGAUAUUAAUGGUCACCAGGAAUCUUACAACAAGCUUGUUGGUGGCAGUCCGUUUGAUAAUGAUGGCAGUGAACCGAACUUAAGAGCGACUUCGUCAGGAUCAACGUUUACUCUUCGAGAUUUACCGUCACAAAGACGAACAGCCGAGGAGGAUGCGAAGAGGUCAUCCAUAGCAAGAACGAAUAGGGUUGGCAGUCCUCCGCCUGUUUCCUGUCAGAGUCAACGAAAAUCCGUUCCAGUUCCUGCUUCGGGACAAUUGCUUGUACCAACAUUAAGAUCUACAUCUGUAGAACGGUCUCUCGUACAGCCGUGGUCGUCUCCACGAAGAAAAUCAAUUACACCGCCUCCAAGAUCACAUACUUCCCAUGCUAUUCGAGAAGUGACAAGCCAGAAAUCUGUGGCAUCGGGACAAGAACUUUGGUUUGAUUCAGCGGAACAAACAGACACGUCUGCACAAUUUCAAAUCGGUCAUUCCGAAGAACCAUCCAAGGAUAGAUCUCAAAGCGCUAGACCGGCUACACAAUAUCAUCGACCGAUCCCUCUUCACCACUUUAGUUUCGAUGUUCAGAAUAACUCUGGAAAGAGUUCAAGAGCAGCGAGUGUGUACAGUGAAAAGGAAUGGGAAAUUCAUGCUGGGGCCUAUGAUCAUACGUACGGUUCUUCUACUAACCUUCACGAACAUCCUGUUAAUGUUUCGGGCAACGAAUACGAUGCGACAUAUUUCGAAGAACCUCAACCAGUCCCACAAAGGGGGAGUUCAACACAAGAUAUGUUGGUUCUAGACCGAUAUGCAGGAAGCCUAGGAUAUGGAUUUGAGCCUGAUUACGGAUUGGGUGGAAGUGCGGGAACGAGAGAUGGCGGGAUGAUGAACAAGGGAGGAAGAAAAGGGGUUGAUGUGUCCAAAGAGUGGGGCUUGGAUUUUAGUGACGUGCCUAUUAUCAUGCAGAGAGAGAGAGAGUAA